UCUCUACCUGAAUAAAGCAUCUUCAGUAUCCUUCUAAAAGCCAACGAGUCAACUCUACAUUCUUAUUCCUUUACUAGAGCAGCCGACACCUAUACCGUACCGGAGCGCAGGGCAAAUAUGGGUGUGGCAUCAAGGUUGAAAAUCACACUGGCAGUCCUCUCUGUCGCAUUCAUCCUAAAAAUGGUGAUUUUUUUCAGCCCGGGCUGGGCUAUCGUCAAUAUCCACUUCCCCGAGCGGAUUGCAGGGGACCUAAUGGAAGAGUCUUUUGAAGAAAUUAAUUCCAAAGACCACAAGCCUGGGGACCCAGUGGCCAUGCCUUACGACAAGGAGGGUAUCGUGGAGGGCCACCGACUGUCCAUCUCCAUGGGGCUGUGGUAUUUCGUCACCUGUGUAUACUACAAACAGCCCCGUUCGAUGUUCUACAGAAAGGAAUGCUUCCAUUCUACUUAUUCCUCGGCUGUGGAGGAAAUGAAAAACCUCCCCAAAAAUUCGCCGUACGUCAGGGGAACGUAUCAGAAGAUACAUUACAUCACAAAGUUUGGUCUGCUGGAGUUCCAGAUAGAGACGGGUCUGGCCGUCGUCUGCAGUGUGUUGGGGGUACUGACCACCGCCCUGUACUACAGGGUCCAGGGCAACAAGCGAUCUGUGGGGCUGGCGGCCUGCGUCUCUUGCCUCCUGACUGGAGUCCUCUUUUGGAUAGCUGUUGGAAAAAUCUCCAUGAGUCUGCUACACCUUCAUGAAAUGAUCGAUAUGUACUAUGGUGGCAACAUGUAUGGCAUCUUUGUCCCAAUCCCAUGGUGCCUAGUUCUGGGAGCCCUCACUUCCUCAAUCUUUCUGGCAGGCGCAGUGGUUCAUCUCUUCAUUGUCUCACGUGACCCAGACGACAAGAAGAGACCUACAGUGUAUUCGACAUCCUCGGAGAAAAGCAGCCCCGCCAUUCCCGUGGUGACGACAGGGUUUUAUCCAAUCGAAAAGACCGACCUUCCGCCGUUUGAGGUCAACCCGACCGAGGACCCGAUGCCUGGAUUCCCUCUUCCCAACAAGCAGAAGCUGUGAAAGCUUCCACAAUGGUUGAGGGACACUUUAUUGUUUGUCAUUUUGAUUUGUCGUGAUAUAUACACAUUCUUAGGUUGCGCGCAUCUGUUAUGUAAAACAUCGAAAUAUUUGUAAUACUUCAGAAAACGUUAAUGCGUUAAAAGGACAACUGUUAUAUUUUAAAUUUAAGAUUAUGUAGUAACAAUAUACGACAUGUCUAUACAUAUGGUAAGCUUCUCAUACAAGAUUACAAAGGAAACAGGAUAGACUCGCAUAAAUACUCUGACCUAAUUCAUCUGAGUUUUGCAGCCAUCUUUUUCUCGCAAAUUUCAUUUAAACAUUUAUGUACACGUACAUGUAUUUAUGUUAAUUUUUCCAUAUAAACAUUAGACAUAUCAAUAGUAAAGUUCAAUUGUAGAUAUACUGUCUUGCGAAGAAUGGUUAUGUUAAUUGAUGAUAGCUAUAUGAUUAUUUCAAUAAAAACACUUCCUAAUGA